GGGCCUUUGAAAACCACUAUAAAGUCAUCGUUAAAAAGCUGCAAAGUAAACAAACCUUCUCCAUUCAAUUUGUUGCACUGUACAAGAUUCAGGGUUUCUCUCGUGAUUACAAAUAAAUAACUAUCAACAAUGGGUGACAAUUUUGGAAUUCAUCGCGGAGCAAAGAAAUCAUCCGAAAACGAAGAUCGCACCCAAGGGCAGAUUCUAAGCGAUUUUCUUAUUCAGCUGGAGGAUUACACACCAACGAUCCCGGACGCAGUAACUUCGUACUACCUAAACACUGGCGGAUUUGAGGCUUCCGAUCCAAGGAUUGUUCGACUGAUUUCGAUCGCAGCCCAGAAGUUUAUUUCGGAUGUUGCCAACGAUGCUUUGCAGCAUUGCAAGACGAGAACGAGCAACGCUCCCAACUCCGGCCAUGGCUCGUCGAAAAACCAGAAUGCUAAAUCUUCUAAGGACCGCAAGUAUACACUGACGAUGGAAGAUCUACAGCCGGCUCUGAAUGACUACGGCAUCACCGUGCGUAAGGCACAUUACUUCGUUUAGAGUGGUUUACUGGAUUGUGCUAUUGCACCCUUGGGAUAGCGGUCAUUGAUGUUUUGCAAGGAAAGGAUUGGUUAAAUACUGUGACUUUCGUAGGAAGUAAGUUUCGUCAUCUAUUUUUAUGUUGAAGGAUUGUUGUAUCUGGAUAUGAAACAAAUAAUAAACAGGGAAGGAAACAGAAA